UUUUUUGCGAGUUUGCUCUAUCGUUUCGAGGGUACAAAACGGAAUGCACGUAUCUAUUCUUUCUUCAGUAUUGUCUACUCCGUACAGAGUAUCUAAAGAUGCGAUUUGCCCCUAGAUCUUCCAGCAAGAUGUUUGUUGUUGCAGAGGUGCCACCAAGGCUUGGCGGGACGAAGCGGCUGCUACCGGUCCAUUUCCAACUCCCCUCGUUUUGAUUAUUCUUUUCGUCCCGCACCGGAUUUGCUUCCGCUAGCAGCUUCAGGAUCAGCAGCGCACAUUUCGCACACUGCACGAUGGCUGCCCAGACGAGUGAAGAGCUGGAAAAGCUCAACCUGAACGGCGAGAACGGCAGCGCCAAGGCCAACCAGGCUGCCAACGGUCCUUCUGCUACUGGAGAUGCAGAAAACGAAGAUGAUGAUAGUGACAAGGAGGAUGAAAAUGGUGCUCCGGAUGCUGGAGCUACCGGAGCCGCCAAGAAGAAGAAGAAGCGCAAGCCCAAGAAGAAGAAGGGAGGUGCAAAGGUCCAGAGUUCUCCUCCCCGUGUCCCGAUCUCUCAGCUCUUCCCGAACAACAAGUAUCCGGAGGGAGAGAUUGUCGAGUACAAGGACGAUAACGCCUACCGGACCACCAAUGAAGAGAAGCGUUACCUCGACCGCAUGAACAACGACUUCCUGCAGGAGUACCGUCAGGCUGCUGAGGUCCAUCGCCAGGUCCGCCAGUAUGCUCAGAAGAACAUCAAGCCUGGUCAGACUCUCACGGAGAUUGCGGAGGGCAUCGAGGAUUCUGUUCGCGCCUUGACCGGCCACCCAGGACUGGAAGAGGGAGACAACAUCAAGGGAGGUAUGGGAUUCCCUUGUGGUCUCAGCAUUAAUCACUGUGCUGCCCACUACACGCCCAACGCUGGAAACAAGAUGGUGCUCCAGCAGGGAGACGUGAUGAAGGUCGAUUUUGGUUCCCAUAUCAAUGGACGCAUUGUCGACAGUGCUUUUACCAUGACCUUUGACCCGGUCUAUGAUCCCCUCCUGGAGGCUGUGAGGGAAGCUACGAAUACCGGUAUUCGCGAAGCCGGUAUCGACGUCCGCAUGUGUGACAUCGGUGCUGCCAUCCAGGAAACGAUGGAGAGCUACGAAGUCGAGAUCGGCGGUACUACCUAUCCGGUGAAAUGUAUCCGGAAUCUGAAUGGACACAACAUCAACCAACAUGUGAUCCAUGGUGGAAAGAGUGUGCCCAUCGUCAAGGGUGGUGACCAGACGAAGAUGGAAGAGGGAGAGGUUUUUGCAAUCGAAACCUUCGGCAGUACCGGAAAGGGUUACGUGCACGACGAUAUGGAAACUUCUCACUACGCGAAAGUCCCCAACGCUCCUAACAUUCCUUUGCGUCUCUCCUCCGCAAAGAACCUCCUGAGCGUGAUCAACAAGAACUUUGGUACCUUGCCGUUCUGUCGUCGGUAUCUUGACCGCCUGGGACAGGACAAGUACCUCCUAGGACUGAACAACCUGGUGUCUGCGGGCAUCGUCGAGGAUUAUCCUCCCCUGUGCGAUAUCAAGGGUUCCUACACUGCCCAGUUUGAACAUACUAUUGUGCUGCGACCAACCGUGAAGGAGGUCAUCAGCCGUGGCGAUGAUUACUAAAGCGUCACAUCUUAACUAAAUAGUUAAGUAGUUAACCAACUAUCCACUGUGUGGAUUCGGUAGACUACGACGCUGUUGGGUGGAAAUUCACCUCCACAAAAAGGAAACAGACAGGAAUAAAUAGGAAAAGAGAUUAUAUGAAUCCAACGACAGAUUUAUU